AUGCUGGUCACUCACUCGCGCCGGAAGCGCAAUGUGGUGCAGCUGGGCGACAUGAUGAAGUGCGCCACCGGCUGCAGUCCCAUCGCCUACAAGGGCUACGGCUGCUACUGUGGCUUCCUCGGCUCGGGCCGCGUGGUGGACGGCAUCGACCACUGCUGCUACGAGCACGACUGGUGCUACUGGCGCGCCAACCACUGCUUCACUGACCCAUUCGGUGUCUCCUUCUAUGUGUCCCGUUACAAGUGGGUGUGCCAGGACGGCAAGCCCGCCUGCGUGGCCGGCUCGGGCAGCGCGUGUGCGGGCCAGCUCUGCGAAUGUGACCGUCAGUUCGCCAAGUGUCUGCGUCGCUACCCGUGCCCCACCAGCCGGCCCGUCUGCGCCAGCUCGCCACUGCGCCACUGGCAGAACCUCUUCCUCGGUCUGCGCAAGGCCAUGCCGUACCACAACCGGCUCGACAACAGUUACGAGGCCUUCGGCGGCGACAGCUUCGAGAACGACUACUUCCGGUAGUCGGCGGCAGAUGGCCAGCCGGCGGACGUGAACCACUGUGUGGCAUCCGAAAACUACUGUAUCCGAUGGCCGGUGAUAGAUGGCGUGCGGAAAGCCGCGGACGAGAAGACGCCCGGGAAGCGCUGUGUGGUCGUGACGGCGUCUCACAAGACGAACAUUGAAAAGCGUACGCUUCUGUCGGACCGUGAGCCCACCGGUGCCAAUUUUGCAAUGGGAGAGAGGGAGAGAGGCCGCAGUCCAUGUCGGAUUAUCGAUGACGUGUUGGCCACGGCGUCGAUGACAUUCUGGUCCCAGUAUUUCUCAGUACAUGCCGUCUAUGCGGAAGAGCGAAAUCUUCCGCGCUGUUGGGACACGACAGCGCGUGUGCCCCGGUUACCUCAUACAGACGGCUAACUGACCCACGCGUAUCGCAAUGUCGUUUGGUCUUAAACAUUGCACAAAGCGGCGACCCUAGAGCGCAGCACGUUUGCGAGAAGGGCGAAUGUUGACGCCCUGUGUGUCGGGUUACAUAAGGCACGGAUUCGGGCUUCGUGUCCCCGGGUGGGUCACGGGAAACCUGCCUUGGUGCGCCACGGCAGUGCAGCGCGCUAGCGAUGGUUACCCAGAACGGUGUUCCUACAAUAGCAUGUGGUUUGUUCGCGGCGUCGCCUUAACAGCGCGCCAGUUUCCUGUGUACACGGGUGACCGUUUCGUGUUCGCGUUGUGGCGUCGCGCGUCCGU